AUGUUUUUUAAUUUAUUUAAUUAAAUAAUAGCUAAGUAUUUUUGUAAAUGGUUUUUGAAAUCAAUUUAUUUAUCAUUUUUGAUAAAAGGCUUUUUAAUAUUUUUAAAUUUUAAUUGUUUUACUGGAUAAUUUUUGCUUUUCUACCAUAACUGCAUUUAAAAAGGUUUUUAUCAUUAUUCAAGAUAAUUAAAAUUAGAAUAAAAAUUUGUAAUAAGUAAUUAGCUAAUAACAAUUGCUAACAAUUCAUAUAUUUAAGCAGAUCUAACUUUUUAAAUGAUAAAUAAAAUAAUUAUUAGAAAUGGGAGAAAAUUUCUUGCUUCAAAUAACGGAUUUACCAGGAAGCCGAACUGUUAAUAAGUUAGUAGCUAUGUGUUAAUUACAUAUCUCAUUUAUACAAUGUACUUUGUGAUAUUGAAUAACAUAAAUGAUGGAUCAAUUCAAGUGAUUGGAUAAAUAAUUUACUCUGCUUGCGUUACCUUAACAAUUUUAUUUUCGUUUAUUUGUUCUUACAUUGAUCCAACAGAUCCAGAAACUAAAAUACUUCUUGAAAAAAUUAUAAAUGAAGAAAUAACUGAAACUGAAGAGAAAACUUACUUUUGCCAUUUUUGUAACAUUUAUGUAGGAAAUCAAGUCAAGCAUUGCCGUAGAUGCAACAGGUGUGUGUAAAAAUUUGAUCAUCAUUGCAAAUGGAUAAAUAAUUGUAUAGGAGCCAGAAAUUAUUAAUUUUUCAUCCUGAUGAUUACUUCUUGUUUCUUGAAAAUGGGAGUUUAUUUAAUUUAUAGUUUAAUUUUUAUAAUAGAAGCUUUAAGCUAAGAUAUUAAUAAUAUCUCUAUUAUCUUUAUUAUGAUGGCUGUGGUAGGUUUUGCGAUAAGCUUUACCUUAUUUAUUUUACUUUGUAAUUUAAUAUGUCUUCAUAUUUACUUAAAUUGCAAAGAUAUGACUACAUUCGAGUACAUUAUUAGAUUAAGAGAUGAAAAAAUUGAAAAAUUGAAAUAAUUUUCCAGAGUUAAUUAGAUUAAAUAACAAUAACAAACUAAUAAAUAAAAUAAAAAUAAUGUUGCUGCAUAAAAAAGAAAUGUUAGAAAAAGAUCAAUUGCCACUAGUAUUGAAAAUCACUAUAAAAACAAACCUCCCCAAUCCUAGGAAAAGCAAUCUGAGAUUGAUCAAAUUUCAGUUAUAAAAAGAUAAAACAAGUAGGUUUUUAAAGUAAAUUAUAACUAAGAUAAUACCUAAAAAGAUGAAAUAAAUAUCUUUUAAGAACAAAAACGAAAUAAAGAAACUCUAAAUGUAAAUUAAGGAUCAAAUGUCAUAUAAAUUAACCCAUAAAUUAAGUUUACUAAUGAGGAAUCUAAUGAUAUACAAAAAUCUAUAGAUUUACAUAAGCAAGACUAAAGUGUUCGAAUCUCACAUUAGGCAGCAUAUGCUCCAACAAGCAAAAAGCAUGAGAAUUAGUCAAAAUUAUCUCGAUUAACUUAAUAUUUAAUGGAAUAAGUAAUUGAGAAAAAUGCUGUAGAAUAUCCAGAAAACGACAAAUAACCUCCUACAAAGACUGUAGGCAGAGAGAGAAAAUUUGUAAAAAGUUGUGUGUCUAAUAUUUAUAUAAAAGAAGUAAAAAAUCAUAGAUACACUAUUUCUCAAAGUGAUGCCAAAGAUAUCUCAAGCUAUUUAACUAUGGAUUAGUUAAAAAAGAAAGAUUAAAAUGUAACUAAUUAAGAUUUCUCUCCAUCCCCUACAAAUAAAGAUAAAGAAGAAAAUAUGUUGCUUUAAUUCGAUGAAAUAGAAUAAUGUGAAACAGUUUAAAAUAGACUUGAUUCCAUUUAGCAUUAAGAAACAUUAGAAACUGAAAAUGAUAAAAAUAUAGACUCUAAUUAAUAAAAUCCUCAAAGAAAAUAUCUAUUACCAAAGAAUAUCGAUCAGUUAUACUUGAUAAAUGUUUCAGACAUCAGAAAAGAGGAGAAUUAAUAAAAUAAUGCAAGUGAGGUUUCAUAAAAUUUAAAUGAAACUCAAUAAUAGAAAAAGAUCGAAGAAAAUUUAUAGAAGGAAGACAAAGACUAUUUAAAUGCUAAAACAUUAGUUUCAAUAGAUAAUCAAGAUAAUUUUGGAUAUGAAGUAUCAGAAGUAGAUCAAUCAAAUAAUGAAUCUAAACUGCAAGAAAUUUAAAUUAAUGGCUUAAGUAGCUUAUAAGCAUAGAAUAACUUAAAUGAGAAUGAAUAAUAAAAUUAAGGAAAAAUUAGCAUGAAAGUAGAAGAUAUUUGA